UGCUUCGCGUUUUGUUUGUACCGCUGCGCUUGCCGUAGUUGUUCUGGAGCAUGUGGAUGGGCAAGUGUGCAAUGCUUUGAGUAAGAGCAGAAAUAACACAAAUAAACUACACACCGCCUAUUACAUACAUAACGGUUGGGUUGGGCGAUCAUGGCCGACCAGGCUCCCUCCGUGGCGAGGGACGCGGUGCUAAAGGAGAGCAUCUCUCUGCCCGAGGACAUGCCUCAGAUUAAAGGUUAUGACUUCAACCAGGGCGUGGACCACAGAGCCCUGCUGCAGUCCUUCCUCACCACGGGCUUCCAGGCCAGCAGCUUCGGCCAGGCUGUGCAGGAGAUCAAUAAGAUGAUAGAGAAGAGACUGGAGCCGGUGCAGGAGGAGCAGGAGAGCUGUGAUUCACAUUCGUCUGCUUCAGGAUGCACCAUUUUCUUGGGCUACACAUCCAACCUGAUCAGCUCCAGUGUGCGAGAGAGUAUUCACUUCCUCACACAGAACAUAAAUGAACACCCGGUAGAUGUGAUAGUGACCACAGCAGGAAGGAUUUAGGAAGACUUUAUAAAACGUUUAGCACCCGCUUACCUCAGUGAGUUCAUCCUGAAAAGCAAAGAGCUACGACAGCAAGGCAUUAACAGAAUAGGUAAUCUCCUGGUACCAAAUGAUAAUUACUGUAAGUUUGAAGACUGGCUGAUGCCUAUUCUGGACCAAAUGGUGCUAGAACAAAAAACAGAGGGCACACACUGGACACCGUCCAAAAUGAUCCACAGACUAGGCAAAGAAAUCAACAACCCAGACUCUGUGUACUACUGGGCUUAUAAGAAUGACAUCCCAGUGUUUAGUCCCGCCCUCACUGACGGCUCAUUGGGUGAUAUGAUCUAUUUCCACUCAUAUAAGAACCCUGGCCUGGUGCUUGACAUUGUGGAGGAUAUUCGGAGGUUGAACAGCAAGGCUGUGUUUGCCAAGAGCACAGGGAUGAUCAUUCUCGGAGGAGGACUCGUCAAACAUCACAUCGCCAACGCUAAUCUCAUGAGGAAUGGAGCAGAUUUUGCGGUGUUUGUCAACACUGGUCAGGAGUUUGACGGCUCAGAUUCAGGCGCUCGGCCAGAUGAAGCCAUUUCUUGGGGAAAGAUCCGCAUGGACGCCUCACCUGUAAAAGUCUACGCUGAUGCUUCUAUAGUCUUUCCACUUUUAGUGGCUGAAACUUUUGCACACAAUGCUGACAGGUUGAUCAAGGAAAAGAAUAGCGACUGAAGGUGUUUUUCUCUUGUAAAACCUAUUUAAACACUUCACCCCUCCUCGCGGUCUUCCUGUUUUCUUGUUUCUCAGUGCAGAUGUUUUUGAAGCUCUAUUUAAAUGCAUACAAUCGUGUAUAAUUAUCCAACAUCUUAGUUUCUUAUGGGCUUUGUGUAUUAAUGUCUGGUAAAAUAUGUUAAAAAAAAAAAAAGUUU